AUGGCGACAGCACAACCGGUUGUCAUAUCAUUAGCCGAUCUCAAGAGUGGAAACAUCUCUUUUGAAACGCUGCAAGAAGCCUUUGGCCCGGAGUCGCUAGGAAUUCUUGUCGUCAAAGAUGUCCCGGCAGAGUUUCCAGGGUUAAGACACCAGCUGCUGUCAUAUGCCUCGUACAUGGGCAACUUACCAGAGGCAGACUUUGAUAAGUUCACAAACGAGGCUGCCAAGUAUUUAGUAGGGUGGUCUAAAGGUAGAGAAAAACUUAAGGACGGAGGGGCCGACGAAUACAAGGGCUCCUUUUAUGCCAACUGCGCAUUUUACGUAGACCCGUCUUUAGAGUCCGCGAAACCGACGGAACAGUUUCCUCUAAAAGAGUUCCCCGAGUAUUUGGCGCCAAACUCAUGGCCACCCAGCGAGAUGCUGCCUGGUUUCAAGCCUACGAUGGAACAGAUGUGUAGACUCAUAAUCGACACAGCUGUAUUAGUUGCGCGGGCUUGUGAUAGGUUUGCCGAAAAAGAAAUCCCAGGGUACCCUUCAGCUUACUUGGAGAAGGUAGUCAAGUCUUCCUCCACGACGAAAGCUAGACUCCUACACUACUACCCGAUGCCUGAAGAGGCCAUGGUAAAGAGCCAAGAAGAGGAUAAUUGGUGUGCAGUUCACAAGGACCACGGCUGCUUGACGGGCCUAACGUCCGCUAUGUUCGUUGACGAGCUAAAGACAAACGCAAAGGUCCCCAGUUCCAGCGGGAAAGUACCAGACUUGCUACCGACAUUGGAGGAAUUGCCCGCAUCGCCGGAUCCACAAGCUGGACUCUGGAUUAAAGACAGAAAGGGUGUGCCGGUCCAAGUCAAAAUCCCUCGGGAUUGUAUCGCCUUUCAGACCGGCGAGGCACUUGAAAGAAUUACCCGGGGCAAGUUUAAGGCUGUGGAGCACUCAGUAAGGGGAGCGUACGCGAAAGGUGUUGCUCGAAAUACACUAGCCGUCUUCACACAGCCAAAUCUCGAAGAUGAAGUUGACUUGGAUCAGCACAUCACGUUUGGAGAAUUUGCUAGAGGCAUUAUAGCGAAGAAUACCGUUUAA